CAGGCAACUGGGGGAGGGACUCCAACUCACCGCCAGUCCAGUGUGCCCGAUCCACUAUCUCGCUCCACAAAACACCACGCCCUCCAUGCGAUGUUUGUUUCUCACCUGCCACCUUUGAAGCAGGGGCUGCGACGUCCACCAGAGGUCCAGGAGAGUAAACGACUGAAAGAUGGCACCGGACACGUCUCUGUCUAAUAAGAUCCCUGUGGUGGAGUUGGGGCAGCUGGGUCUUGGGUGGAACACGGAGACCAGUCAGGAGGAGUGGCAAAGGGUGGCACGGCAGCUGUAUGAAGCCUUUACUGAUAUUGGCUGCGCUUACCUUACUAAUCACGGUGUUCCCGAAGAUCAGCAGAAGGAGUUGUAUGAGGCAGCAACAGGCUUCUUCAAGCUUCCUCAAGACAAGAAGGAGCUCUUUAAGUUCGAUAUCAACGAGUUCACCGGUUACUUCUCUGUGGACACUGAGAAGGAUUCUUCACGACAGACCCAAAGCCGUCGUUCGCGAGGCAUCUGCCGGGUGUGCUACAGGGAAUGUACACUCAGUCCCUCAACCGGCUACAUCCGUGCAAACAAUGGAUGUCUAGGCUCCAUUAGAGCUCCAAAUAAGAACAGCCAACAGCCCCUCCCAGCAGAUAGCGCUGACAGCUACCAUGGCUUCACCUCUACAGAGGACCUCAAGUCUUCAAUCAAAUUGACAUCCACCAAGACUCUGACACACAUCCCCAAAGCAGCUCGCCCUCAAGCUGCUAACAAAUUCACUGACUUUAUGAAGAAAAGAGAGAGAGAGAGAGAGAGAGAGAGAGAGAGCGUAAAACUGACUGAAUGCUCAUUACAACAUGCCAAAAUAGAUGCUUCCAACUACAUUUUAUCUUCUGCACUUCCAGAGAAGGAUAAAGAUUACUUCCUCUCAAUGCAUCAUCGGCCGGAUACUGAUGGCAGUCUCAGUGUUAUGCGCUUGAACUACUACCCGGCAGUUCCCUCAACUACACCCAAGGACUCGACUCGCUUCGGUGCCCACAAUGACUACAGCACCUUCACCUUCAUCUUCCAAGACAAUACUGGAGGACUACAGGUGCGUGACCGUAGAGGGUCGUGGCUAGACGUACCGUACGUCCCUGGUACCAUCAUCAUCCUGGCUGGAGACUUCAUCAAGUUCUACUCAAACAACAAGUUCAACUCCGUGAUGCACCAGGUAGUGAUCCCUGACGACCAAGUCCUGUGGAAGUCUCCCCGUCUCUCUCUUAAUUUCUUCGUCCACGCCGACAAGAACACCCCCAUGUGGCCGUUAUCCUACUCUUCAGAGACGCCUCCCACUGUCAAUGAAUAUAUCUCUUACAGGGCCAAGAAAGCACAUGCCAAAUAAUACGAUAUAUGCAGUGUACAGCGCGGAGAAUCUUGAAAAGAAAAUUUUGCAAGGACUUAGCAAAGGGUUUAUAGCAAAGAGGAUCUGACACAGUUCUAGGAUGAGAAUAUUGUCUAAGCUUGACAUGUUUUCUCUGCCUAGUCAAAAGAUUUGUCACCUAUGAUCUUUGGGCAACUCAUUUAGUGCUUAUUAUAGAAAUAAUAGUUUACCUUAUAAAUGACAUUAAGGCACCAAUUUCUAAUUGAGCUUAAAAAAAAUGGUCGAGAAGAACAUCAUUUUAACAAUGCUAUGAUGAAGCUAAUAAAAUUAACCAAAAACACA